GUGCGUGGGUGAAAAGAACCUGAGUGAAACCGAGGAUUAUGAUUGGAUAUACGCUGCUGCUUCCGCUGGGAUUAUUGGCCAUUGCGCAGGCGCAAACGCUGAAUGACACAAGCGGUUCUCUGGCCGUCGCCCAGGAGCCUGGCAUGUGGCGCCAGGCCAGGCGGAGGAGUGUCCUGGCGGACAGCUGCGUCACGAACAGCGGCACCACCGGCACCUGCCUCACUCGCUUCAAGUGCAUGCGGCAAUCGGGCACAGUGAAUGGAUAUUGCGGCACCUACGGCGUUUGCUGUGAAACCAACCUACAAGUGGGCACUUCUACGCGCCAGAAGCGAACGAUUAUCAAGAAUCCUGGCGUUUUGUCCAGCGAUUUGAAUACCUACACCAUCGAAGCCUUUAGCAGCAAUGUGCAGCAAUUGCGAAUCGACUUUGAGCAGUUCGUGAUGCAGCAGCCCACGGAUGUGGAUGGAGUACUUGAGUGCCAGGACUACUUUGAGGCGGGUGGCUUCAAGUUGUGCGGUGUAAACGAUGGCCAGCACCUGUACCUGCCCUUCAAUGCGGCUGCGGGAGUCGAUCAGGUGACCCUAACGUUUGUAGUGACCUCCAGAGGAACUGCACCCGUUUGGAGGUUGAUCGUAACACAGCUUGAAGGUCCACCAGCGAAUAGCCGACGGCGUUCGAGCACUUCUUCCGGCCUGGGAACCUCCACCAAUUCUCUGCAGGAUCUGAGAGACAUCUUCGCCUCCCAUCACGCUGACUAUGAGCUACUUGCUCCGCCCGGCUGCCAGCAGUACUACACCGAUCUGUCGGGCACCAUUCGCAGCUUCAACUUUCAGACUUCGGUGACCAGCAACUAUAUGCCUGACUUGAGCUACAAUAUCUGCAUCAAAUCAGCUACUACCGCCAGCAUGAUCGAAUACUCCUUCAGCAAGUUCUCAAUGUCGGUGCAGUCGGACUCCAGCGAGGGCUACGACGAGUUCUGCCACGCCACUGUCCACACGACCGGCAGACAGGAGGACUACUUGAUGAUACCGCAGAGCAUUCUGGCCAAGAACAUGGCCUACCAGCCCACCUACUACUGCGGCACCAACGACAACCUGCUGGUUUAUGCCUCGCCGCCCUACAUGAUGCACUUCUCCAGUGAUGACCUCACCUUGAAUCGGGAUGUGGAGACGGGCUUCAGUAUGACUUACCGCCAGAGGAAUUCGCUACUUUAAGCACUCAUUUGUUUUCACCUAUAAUUGGAUAGUUUCUUGCCUCAACCAUUAAAUA